AUGGUUCCAGUCGACUCUAACAGGCCUUACCAUCUUCAUCCUUCAGACACACCAGGGAUGAACCUUGUAAGUGUAGUCUUUGAUGGAAAAGGGUACCCAGCUUCGAGAAGGUCUGUUCUCAUCUCCCUUUCAGCAAAGAAGAAAUUUGGGUUUAUCAAUGGGGUUGUUAAGGCACCAGAUCUGAACUCCACUGACUUUGAACAAUGGAUUUGUUGCAAUGACAUAGUCAUUGCUUGGUUGUUGAACUCAUUGUCUAAAGAUAUUAAAGACAGUGUGAUUUUUUCAAAAACAGCCAAAGAGUUUUGGGACAGUCUUGAACACAGAUUUGGGAAGUCAAAUGCUGCUAAGCUCUUUCACCUACAAAAGGAACUGAGCAUGUUAGUGCAAGGAUCUACUGAUAUUUCAACUUAUUUCACAAAGAUCAAACGAAUAUGGGAUGAAUUAGACUCUUUAAACUCAGAUAUAGUUUGUAACUGCAACUGCAGUUGUGAUGGAAAAAUAAAGCUAGCUAAGUCAUUUUUGGAUCAAAGGAUGAUUCAAUUUUUAAUGGGUCUAAAUGAUGUAUAUGCAGAGGCCAGAGGAAACAUUUUAAUGAUGAAUCCUUUGCCUGAAAUGGAUUAUGCAUAUUCUUGCUUUUACAAGAUGAAAUCCAAAGGGAGAUUUAUGCUAAUGCUCAACUACACAUAG